AUGGCAUCCAUCCACACCACUCCCGAUCAAAUCUCUCCUGAAGACUUGGUCGAUACCCUCGAGUUACUGCCUCUGCCCGACGAAUCCGCCAAUAACACACACGGGACUGAGUCACAAGUCACAGCCACGGCGCAACAACACCAGGCAACUAUCGCCACCCCGGGGACUGUGUCACAAGUCACAGCCACGGCGCAACAGCACCAGGCAACUGUCGCCACCCCGGGGACUGGGUCAGAAGUCACAGCUGCGACGACACAACAACACCAGGCACAUGUCGUCACCCCGGACACGAAACCUUUCGAGUGCCCAGCGUCUGGCUGUAGCGCCCGCUUCACUCGUUUCGACUCUGCCAAGCGUCACAUCUGCACGUCGCACAAAGGUGCUGACGUUGCUGACCUUCUGCAAACGUUCAAGAAUAACAGCAACGAGGUUGCCAUUGUGUACCCAUGCCCCGAGAACACAUGUACACAGACCUUCAGCAGCAGACAGGCGCUCUCCAGGCACCAACUACGCGACCACGGAAAACAGAAGGCGCGUGGUCAUUUUCAGUGCCGGAGCGGUUGCGCAGAUGCUGCGUUUUGUACCGCGAAGGAACUCAUGCAGCAUGUUAUUACGGAUCACGACGCCUCAUGUUGUGUCGUGCGUUACUACGCCUCGUGGAGCAGGUUCGAGUCGUGCAUCGCCGCGGCAGAGUGUGACGACUUUGCCCUCGUCGAUUACGUCAAGCGUGACCACACCUGCUGCUUCCCACCAAAAGCUGCCGCGUGGGGCCUCGAACAUGUACAGGUGGAAGAAGAAUUCGUCCGGACGUGCUCUCGGCAUGGCAAUGAGCGACCAUAUCAGGGCACAAUCCGCGCUCACCGUGCAAAGGCGCCAAAACCUGUUGGGUGUUGUCCAGCAAUGAUGUGGGGGCAGGUCUGCAAAGGCGGGCGAGUGCGGGUGGUGAUGUUCAACUACCACUCACAUUCGAAGGACCUGCGUCACCUACAGCUGCCAGGCGUGUUUCGUGCAGAAGUGGCACGUCUCCUUCGUGUCUCGGCGUCUUACACGGCCAUUUAUCAUCAGGUGAAGGCGACCUUUUCCUCGCAUCCACGUAUCAGCAUUUUCAAGCAAGCGCAUGUCUACAACGUUGCUCAGGAGUACGAGCCUGGGCGCUUUGAUGCGGAUGACGCCGCUUCUGUGUGGUACGCUGCACAAAUCUACAACAAGGAGGCUGGCGAGCACACCCCGGUCAUCACAGCCUUGAAGCUUCAAGGUCAGGAGGCGUUUGAGUUUGGCGGGCCUGAACAGCGCGCCUCAGGCGAUUUCCCGCAAGAGUCACUAUUCAUCCUUGUGCAGACUGAGUGGCAGCGACGCGUGCUCAAGUGUGUCGCCAGCCUUGUGCACGUGGCUAAUGCGUGGUGGUCGAAAGCGUCUAUGGAUGGGGAAUACCUGUGGCGCACGCCCAUUGUGAGUCACGAGACGAUCGGCGUCGUCGCACACUUUCUACGGAAAGCGGUUGCAGACCACGGUAUCACUCCAUCGGCCGUGAUCACGGAUAAGACAUUUGCCGAAGGUCGCGCCGUGGAUGAGGCACUUCCCAACUCUCGCUGGCUUCUUUGCCAGUUUCACGUGAAGCAAGCUUGGCUCAGACACUUCAGCUCCAGAUCCAAGGAUGGGCUGUCGCCGGUGAAGGACUUGGAGGAGCUCAUGAAGUGCUCAACCAUCCAAGAUUUCGAGCGCGGCAAGCGACUUUUCUCGGAGCGCGCCCAAUGGUACCUGGCCAUCGUGGGCUUUCUUUUUGAAUGA